AUUUCCGGCGCCGCUCUGGUGGCGGCUUCCGGUGUGAGGCGUGAGCGUGGCUCUUCUCCUCCUUCUCCUUCUCCUUCCGAGGGAGCCAUGGCGCCGGGAGGGAGCAACGGCGGGGGCUCGAGCGCGGUCUCCCCGGAGGGGCUCCGGAGCUGGGUCCGAGGGGCCUACCGCUUCGCCACCGACCGCAACGACUUCCGCCGGAACCUCAUUGUUAAUCUGGGUCUCUUUGCAGUAGGAGUUUGGGUAGCCAGAAAUUUAACAGAUAUUGAUUUGAUGGCACCACAACCUGUUGCAUAGCUGAUGUCAUUGAUGUAGAAGCUUCUGAAGCCAGAACGUCUUCUUGCUGCAUGACAAAUGAGUUGCAAUUGAUCACUGCAUUAUGUACAGAUGUUACCUUCCAAGUGGCUUCUAUUCCAAGUAUUAGAGGCAUCAGGAGAUCUAGAAUAUGAAGGAUUAACAACAACACCGAGACAAUGUUUUACCAGUACAUUUUCAUUAUGUUCAUUUCACUGGUUUGGGAGCAAAUGGUUUCGAGUCCAAGUGAAAGUGUAGUUCCUGAAGCUCUACUUUUUUGCCGUAGACAGUUAUUCAAAAGAAUAAGAUAAAAUUCUUUUGUAGAUGAAAUUGGUUUCUGUAUGAAGUGUUUAAUAGCUUCUGAAGUGAAUUGCAAAAUAAAAAGACAUUCAGUGCA